AUGGGAGAUGCCAUAUUGGACUGGGGGCAGCAGCAGCAGCAGCAGCUGAAAGACGUCGCUCGCGCUGCUUUGCUCGGGCUCACGCGAACGAGGAGAGGAGAGGAAGAAAAAAAACAGAGGGGGUCUCGUGGAAGGAGAGGCUACCAAAAAAAAAAAAAAACUUGGACAGGGAUUUCGAGGAAAGCAAAAGAUGCAGUGAAAGAAACUGAAUGCUGCCACAGGUCUAAAAGUUUAAACUCUCACCAGGAAGUGGAAGAGCAGGAUGCAGUCUCGUACCCGGGAUCAGCUAUUGGCUCCCACUGCUGUGAAGUCACUUUAUUCGACCAAUGGGAAAGAAGAAGAGGUGAACACAGAUGCAGAUUCAAUGGGGGAAGAGGCGGAGUUCAACUGGGAGGAGUACAUGGAGGAGACGGGGGCUAACGCUGCCCCGCACACCACCUUCAGACAUGUGGAGAUCAGCCUGCAGAGCAGCUUCCAGCCCGGUAUGAAGCUGGAAGUGGCCAAUAAGAACAGCCCGGACACGUUUUGGGUGGCCACCAUCAUCACCACAUGUGGCCAGCUGCUACUGCUGCGCUUCAGCGGCUACGGCGAAGACCGCAAGGCCGACUUCUGGUGUGAUGUCAUGACAGCCGAGCUGCACCCGGUGGGCUGGUGCGCCCAGAACAACAAGACCCUGAUGCCCCCCGAAGAUAACGUUUACCUAAGAAAAGCCAUCAAGGAGAAAUACAACGACUGGACUGAGUUCCUCGUUCAGGAUCUGACCGGCUCCAGGACGGCACCGGCUAACCUGCUGGAGGGGCCUCUGCGAGGUAAGAACACGGUGGAUCUGAUCAUCGAGGGCUCCGUCUUGGAGCUUGAGGACGUCUCGGAUCCUUUCCUUUACUGGCCCGUCCGAGUCAUCCAGAACGUCGGAGGGCGGCUCCGUCUACGCUACGCCGGCCUCUCCGACCAGGCUCAGGACACCUGGCUGUUCUAUCUGGACGUUAGGCUCCGCCCCCUCGGCUGGGCUCUGGAGAACAACUUCACCUUAGAGCCGCCAACAGAGCUCCGGUCUCUGAAGAGCGCCUCUGACUGGCAGCAGGCUCUGGAGGAAGCUCGGCUCGACGGACAGACGAGUCCGCUGCCGCUCGAGGUGUUCAAGGACCACGUAGACCUGCCCAAGCACUCCUUCAAGACGGGGAUGAAGCUGGAGAUGGUUUCUCCGCGGGAGCUGCUUCAGAUCUGCCCCGUUUCUGUCACCAAGGUCUACAAUGAGAUCUACUUCCAGGUCACACUGGACGACCUCUCUCUUGACGUCAAGCCGAAGUUUUUGGUGUGCCACGCCAACUCUCCAGGCAUCCUGCCCGUCCAGUGGUGCCUGAAAAACGGCGUGGGCCUGGAGCGACCGCGGGGCUACGAGGGCCAGGACUUCGACUGGGCCGACUACUUGAAGCACAGCGGGACUGAGGCGGCUCCUGACGCCUGUUUCCCCGAUACAUGGCAGAACAGAGGCUUUGCCAAGGACAUGUGGCUGGAAGCAGUGAACCCUCACCAGCCAGCAGAGGUGUGUGUGGCCCAGAUCACACAGGUCAGAGGACGCCUGCUGUGGCUACGACUGGAAGGUGUGGCUAAACCCCUGUCAGAGUGUAUCGUGGACGUCGAGUCCAUGGACAUCUUCCCUGUCGGCUGGUGCGAGGCAAACGCUUACCCUCUGACCCCUCCACUCAAACCUGUCUGCCAGAAGCAGAAGAAGAUAGCAGUGGUCCAACCAGAGAAACAGUUGGCUCCCGCCCAGCCGCUCGAGACGACUCCCGUCAACCACUGCCAGCCCGUUGCCAUGGAUCCAGGCACAGCUAAUGGAAGAUACUGCUGCUCCAAGAUUUACGUCAACCAUCGCUGUUUCUCAGGACCCUACCUCAACAAGGGGCGCAUCGCGGAGCUGCCGCAGGCCGUCGGACCUGGAAAAUGCACGCUGGUCCUCAAAGAGCUCCUGAGCAUGCUGAUAAACGCCGCCUACAAGCCUGGACGAGUCCUGAAGGAGCUGCAGGAGCUGGAGGAUCAGAGCUGGGACUGCCAAGAGGAGACCCUCAAAGCCAAAUAUAAAGGGAAAACCUAUCGCUCCACCAUCCGGAUCGUCCGCCUCGCAGACCAGAUCCCUGACUUCUGCCGUAAGGUGUGCGUAAAGCUGCAGUGCUGCCCGAACCUCUUUAGCCCCGUCCUCGUUACCGACAAGUGCCCGGAGAACUGCUCCGUACAGACCAAAACCAAAUACACCUAUUACUAUGGGAAGAAGAGGAAGCUGUCCAAGCCAAUGGGAGGAGAGGAGGCUGCGGAGGGAGAGCUGGCCAAGCCGACGCGCCGCAGGAAGAAGAGGAAAGCUAUCUUUGUGCAGAAGAAAAGGCGCUCGUCAGCUGUGGACUACACUCCUGCUGGCUCACCGCAGGACAGCGACGAGGGAGAGGAGGAUGAAGAGAUGGCGCUGCAGUCGGGCAGUGAAGGCACCAGCUCAGAGCCGCGUGAGGAUCACACCGACGCCUCCUCGGUGGAGGUGACCAGCAGCCGUCCUCGCCGAGCCGCGACGCUCCGCAGAGCCGCCAGCGCAGGCAACGCCACGGGCAGCCAGGAGGCUCCCGAGGGCCGCAGGAGGUCGACUCGCUCGCUGUCCACUUACAACCAGAACAACAACAAGUACCAGCCGCCCAAAGGACAAGACAUGCAGAUGGAGGAAGAGGAGGGUCAGCUGGUUCUGGACAGAAACCCUCUGGAGUGGAGCGUCGAUGAAGUCGUCCAGUUUAUCAACUCUACUGACUGUGCGUCUCUGGCCAACAUCUUCCAGGAGCAGGACAUUGACGGUCAGGCGCUGCUGCUGCUCACUCUGCCCACAGUGCAGGAGUGUAUGGACCUGAAGCUCGGCCCUGCCAUCAAACUGUGCCACCAGAUAGAGCGAGUCAAGGUUGCCUUUUACAGACAGUACGCUAACUGACGGAGGAGCAGCGACGGGAAGUCACCCACUGAACGCCCAGUCAGUCGAAAGAAAUGUUGUGGUCAUGAACGACUGGGAAAUGUUGGAUUAACGGCCUCCUGAUGGAAACUUUUGGACUACUUUCGUGGAAUUUUGGGGAUUUCCAAAUCCAAGGAAGAAGGAAUAUUUCCUUGGAGCGGUUUCAUUUGAGAAGCACAAACUAAGUGACACAGGAUUGAAUAAUGGAGAAUGUUUCCCCCGUGAGGAUUUGAAGGAUUCAUAUCUUGGAUAUAUAUAUAUAAAAAUUAAAAAAAACACCCCGCUGUCGGCUCCGGCAGAACAAAAACACAUCGGAGUCGAUCCAUGUGGCUUUACUGAUCUGUGAAGAUGUUAUUUUUGAGAAGCUGAGGAUUCGUUUCUGAAGACAAUUUUUGUUUUGUUCUUACUUUUCAAUUUCAUUUUGUUUGCGAUAGAGGAGCACUAUAGCGUUUAAUUUAAAGAUUAUUAUUGACUAGAAAUGCUUUAAAGGGGACCUAUUAUGCUUUUCCUUAUUUUCAGUCAUAAAUAGAAAAUGUUACAAUGUUGGAUCCAUGUUAAAUGGGGCCAAAGGGUCAAAUAAUGAGGUAGACUUAUGUAGAAGUAAAAACUGCUCCGCUCGGUUUCCAAUGUUUUUUUUUCUACUUUUAAGCCCGAGCUGAUGUCAUCUGGUGACAGAUUUCUUCACAUGCUCAUCCGCUCCUCUCUGCUGACAUUAUGACAUUUUCCCUUUGUUUUCGGGAGUAGUCACAUUAAGCCAUGACACAGCACAGCAAAGAAAAAUAAGUUUACUUGCUAGAAGUGUGCUGGUUGUCUGCAGCUCUUCAUCAAACAUCAUCAUCACUGUGUCUGCUUGCACUAUUCCUCUCUACAUUAUUUCUAACUGAUUCGCUCAACAAAUAGCUACAAUUUUCUCCUUAUGUUGUUGUUUAUACCUGUUUUUACCGCUGCUAACGAAGCUCAGCUAAUUUAGGGAGGAACACAUUUCACUUUCUAUAAAAACAACAAUAAUAUCCUUCUGUUAUUUAGUAGUUUAAUAUGAAGCAGUAAAGCAGGAAAUGUUGAGUUUGCAUCAGUGGUAACUUAAUACGACUCUGAUAUGGCAAGCUUCCUGAAACAGAACAGAGGAGCUGAAACUGCCUGUUAAGAAGCUUAAUUGAGGGGCUGCAUAAAGGGCCAGUAUAAGAUAAAUAAGGAGUUUUUAUUAAACUGUGAAUCUUGCAAAGCUACUCUAGUGGAGUCCCAGAAUAAAAAUAUAAAGCUGGAAAUGAGCAUAAUAGGUCCCCUUUGAGAAUUUUCCCCUUUUUGUGUAACAUAAUUGGUUUAAAAAAAAAAUCUAAUGGAGAAAAAACCUAUUUAAUAAGCCAAGAAAUAAUAUAUUUGGAAUAUUUAUUGUUAUCCUUAUUUAUGAGGAGUUAUUAUUAUCUAUUUGGAUGUAGAGAAAAGAAUCAAACAAAUCUAUCUUAAUAUAAUACAUGAACUCCUUUUCCACUGAAACAAACCUUAAAAGUUAUUUCACAACCAGAAACAAACCAGGAUCUGCAUUAGUUUAGAUUUUAUACUUUAGUUUAUGUUUGUAGGGGAUAAAAAUAACACCUUUAUAAAAUAAUCCAAACCCAGUUUUUAUCUCUUCUCAUUGUUACAAUCACAUGAAAACAAUCAUGUAAGCUAUUCUGUGUCCAUCUAUGCAAAUGUGUUGCAGAUAUUUUUGAUAAGUAAGAAAAUAAAUUUCUAUUGAUUUUUA